AUGACGAGUUCUCAGCUUCCCCUUGGACCCGUAUGCGUCUCUGGAAAUUCCACCAAAGAUUUUCGGACAACCAUUAAGACACCACCACCGAAACGCAGACGUGUAAUAGACUUACCAGAGAUUCAUACAACGGGUGAUCUGACGAUCACUAAUGAAAAACACGGAGCAAAACUACAGUUCGAAGUUUUACAGAUCUUGCUGCCAUUGACCAAUGAAGAUUCACAAGUUGGAGAAACUGACAAUCAGCACAACUGUCUGAUUGGACGAGAUGCUCAAACUGAAACUCCAGAUGAAUUUGAAAGAAUGUCACUUCUACUCUAUGGGACUCAGCGAGCCAAACGCGUCACAGAAUUGGAAGUCUCUGUAUGAAACAGUCGAAGGCAGAACUAGAGCUGGCUAAUGAUCGUUUAAAGCUGGCUUUGUUGACUGUUGAGAAGUAUAGUUCAAAUAAGGCUGCGUUUCUAUUUUACACUGGGUUAUAUUAUGAGCAAUUUAGUGUUUUCUUGAAAUUUCUGAUUCCCGAAGCUUACAGCUUAAAAAUAUGACAAGGCAGUAAUGCAGAGAAGAACGUCAAAAGUAGAUCAGGGUUCAAACAUAGUAACCAACGAUAUUGAAUCCUGAAAAUCAAUUGUUUUGAACACUGAUUUGGUUACUAUGUGGAUUCUUGCUGAAAGAUCUGAGUGAGUAAUUGUUUCAGCAUCACUGAAGGUUACACAUCUAUGAUUAUUGUCACAUGGAUAGAAUCGGGGUCAUGUACAAAAAAUUCAAGCAACUCAACAUAUUUCCUUCUCGUGAAACUAUGAAAAAAUGGAUUAUCAAAAGUUUUGAAGAGAUUCAAAAAUAUACGAGUAAUCUUGGAUGGGUUUGAAGUCACGACGCAAAAACCGAAAGAUUACAGAGAGCCGGGAAAUGCAUAUUCUUCUUACUGAGCUCAAAAUGCUUUCAAAUUUUUGGUUGGAGUCGUUUUUUUCUGGUGAAAUUUGCUUGCUGUCAAGUGCUUUUGAAGGUAGUAUCAGUGAUUGAGAAAUUUGUGAAAAAAGCAAUUCCUUUGAUUUUUUGAACAAAGAUGACUUAGUAAUGGCAGAAGGUGGAUUUAAUAUCAGUAAUCUUUGUGUUGCUAAGAUCUGUUGAAUUGUCAUUCCACAUCUUUUAAAAGGCAGAGAAAUGUUAACCAAAGAAGAGGUUACAUCAACAAGAUAUAUUGCGUCGGCUCGAAUCCAUGUUGAAAGAAGAAUCGGAAGAAGCAAGCAACACAGGAUUUUGCAGAAGACUUUGCCAAAAUCUCUUAUCCCCAUCAUAUGACAAAUGGUAUUCGCGAUAAAAAUAUUAGUAAAUUCCCAAGAACCUUUUGUUCAGUAAGAGUAAAAGUAUUAUAGGGUGAGUGUGCUAACGAAUUAAUGUCUUUGCAACUAAAUAUUUGUGACUUUCAUUAGAUGUUUAUUAUGAAACUACCCUAUCAUAUGCUAAAGAUUCAGAUACCAUUCGUUCAUUCGUACACUCACUCUAUGGGCCGAUAGAUGAUAUAUUUAUUCAUUUAACUAUUUUUUUGAGUCGAGUUAUGAAAAAUUGUAUGACGGGUGUAUGUACGCACAAGUGAAAUCUCUGGGUAUGAAAUUGACUAGAGUAGGAUCUGUAUGUUUCUAAUCGCGGAAUUAUGUGAUAUGCGACUUUAAAAUUUAUUUGUAAUUCGUUUGCAAUCAUACUUCAAACUUAAUUUUCCAAAAAAUAUGGGUAAUCCUGAACUUGAAGUGUGUUGCUUAUACGGCCGCGAAAUAUCACAUAAAAUAUGAAAUUACCAACAUAUGAUGUAUGAAAGCAAAAUAUAAGAAUAAAAAUUGUGAUAUUACUGUA